AUGCCGACUCAAGUAGGCGAAAUGGUGCUUGAACGUCGCACACAUUACCGUCGCGCGCUCCGAACGAUCAUGCAGACAAUCUGCCGCCUAGAGACUGAAAACAUCGACCAGCAUGACGCAGAAAAGGCGGGUAUUCAGCAGCGCUCCAUGUCAUUAGAGUCAAGUUUCGACAAACCCUACUUCUUCAUUCCUUACCAGGAUGAAUACCACCCGACAGAGCGAGAGUAUUCAACAUAUGUCCCCGACGUAGAAGACCGUUUGAAUUGCGAGGGUUUCCAUCUCUACAUGGACAGCUGUAUUAGCCAAGUAUAUCCAGAAGAUGACAAUAGGCCUUUUGGCGUUGGCUACAAAGCGUGGCCAGACCUCAACCUCGGUGAGCUAGCCGAAUAUUCCAAGUACUAUUGGACGGCAUCCUUCACUGGCUUUGCACUACCCACUCAUGAGCCUUUACCCCAUAUGAAAUGUCUCAUACACAGCGAAGCGACUGGAGACAAUCGCUUACUUCGAGGUGAACUCAUUGCCAUUGUAAAAAUCAUGACUGCUCGGUUGAACACAAAGUCCCUCCGCCCUCAUACAGUGGCCCCUGUCCUGCUAUACUCUAUAAUGGGCCCACAGCAAAUACGUGUACUGGAGGCUUAUUUCGACGGCAAGAAUCUUAUCAUUCGAAAGACCAAGCUGUACGAUAUGAAGCAGGAGGAUAUGGAAACGGGAUUUCUCCGCGAAAUCGAAUAUAAAGAGAACGUUGGCAGUCUUAAUCAACGGUAUAAUAAGACCAAGCUCAAGAAAGAGGGCAAGGAGUACAACAGUUGCAUUGAAUACCUUGACUCGGAUGUAGCAGCCGCAACCGCACAACUUAUUUCGUUUGAAGAGCAAAUGCAGAAGGAUAGAAAGGUCAUUCGUGGCUCUGAGGAAGAUCAAAUGAAAUGGUUUUGGGUCCCUUUUUGGGGCUGGAACAACUCGAUUCAGAUGUCGAAGAAGACUGAAGAGGCCACCAAGACCUUCGAAGCAACAAGAAAGAAGCUCAUCGGGCGAGGUGGUAAGACGAUGCAGGUCACGCGACUUAUCAGUAUUCUCAGGCCCCUGUGCUUUCAGUUCGAUGAUCUAAUUGGGAAGAUGGGGACUGCGAUUACUGCUCUCAACGAAACGGUCCGACUCUUUGACUCUCAGGCCAGCAACUACAGUUCUAUUAUCAUUUCAUUGGAAAGGAUGAAACUCGGAGUGGACUCUAGGGACUUUGAUCUGCGUGAUAUGAACAUCGAGAGCGGAAUCCACCGGGCGGUGGAAUCAUUUACCAAGGUCAAAAAGCUGGCUGAGGAGUUUCAGAAGACCGCUCUUCUUACCAUACAGGGAGGUGAUGGUGAUAAACUUUGA